CCUCUUCUCUCCAUCAUCAAAAAAAUUCCAAAUUGCAAUCCAGCUGCUUGGUACUACCAACCCACAACAACACUUUAACCACAAUUCAAAUCUACUGCCCUCCUCACUCACUCAAAAUGGAAGUCAAGACCCCCGUCGUCCUCGUUCCCUCCAUGGCCCCUCGCUGCUGCCAGUGCAAGACCAUGCUCGUCAUCAGCAACUCCUGCUGCCACUGCGCCCACCACCAGUGCUCCUCCUGCGUCUAAGCUCCAUCGCAUCCACCCCUUUCGAGCACCUUCACUGGGCCGAUCCAAGAGACAAACAUCGAUACAUCCCAUCGACAUGAACCUACAUACAUCACUGUCUCUACUUGCGAUUACUCAGCUACUCGCUACAACCUCCACUCAGCCAUCAUGCCCUAACGGCAUCCAUUUCGUCCUCUUUUUAUAACGGGACUGUACGACUAUAUUUGACGACACAACUUGAAUUUGAUACCCGGGCAGAACGAACUUCACUUCAACUACUUGAGAGGGGUUUUCUAUUGAUUUUUUGGCUUUCACACAACAUGCAUUGCUUUACGGGAUACCAGGCGGCGGUCGGAGGUGUGCGGUCGGUCGGUUUCAGCCCGUUUGGUUUUUUUUUUUUUAUCAGCAAGUCAAUUACGACGCAAUUUGUG